GGGAGACGGAGGCUGAUCUCGCGACGUUAUGCAGAUGAGCGGCGCUAUGGCUCCCCGCUCUCUGGGGUGAGGAGCCACCGAGCUGAGGGGGGCAGAAGAUGGCGGACGCCAAACAGAAGAGGAACGAGCAGCUGAAGCGGUGGCUCGGGUCGGAGACCGAGCUCGAGUCGCCCGUCUUCAAGAAGAAGAAGACCAAAGUCAAGUUCGACAAUGGCGCCGUGUUCCUGGCCGCCUGCUCCAGCGGCGACACGGACGAGGUCAAGAAGCUGCUGGAUCGAGGCUCUGACAUCAACUACGCCAAUGUGGACGGGCUGACCGCCCUCCAUCAGGCUUGUAUAGAUGACAAUUUGGAUAUGGUGAAAUUCCUUGUGGAACAUGGUGCAAAUAUUAAUCAGCCAGAUAAUGAGGGCUGGAUUCCUCUCCAUGCAGCUGCCUCCUGUGGAUAUGUAGACAUAGCAGAGUAUCUAAUUAGUCAUGAAGCAAAUGUAGCGGCAGUGAACAGUGAAGGAGAAACUCCGUUAGAUAUAGCUGAAGAAGAAUCAAUGGAAGAGCUCCUGCGGGAAGAAAUUAAUAGGCAAGGCGUGGAUAUAGAAUCAGCUCGGAAAGAAGAAGAACGAAUAAUGCUUCGUGAUGCACGACAGUGGUUAAACAGUGGGCAGAUAAAUGACGUUAGACACCCAAAAUCUGGGGGAACAGCACUUCACGUAGCUGCAGCUAAGGGCUAUACGGAGGUUUUAAAGCUUCUAAUCCAGGCAGGGUAUGAUGUAAAUAUCAAGGAUUAUGAUGGCUGGACACCACUUCAUGCUUCUGCGCACUGGGGUAAAGCAGAAGCCUGCCGCAUCCUAGUAGAACACUUCUGUGAUAUGGAGGCGAUCAACAAAGUGGGACAAACAGCUUUUGAUGUUGCAGACGAAGAUGUUCUUCGGUACUUAGAAGAGUUACACAAAAAGCAGUCUGUGCUGCUCAGUGAGAAGCCAGCAACUAAAUCACCACUUAUUGAGUCAACUACAACAUUGGAGAACAAUCAACAAGUAAAGUUAGUUAAAAACAAAGAAGCACUACUGAAUGAACAAAAGAACGCAGCCCACAUAGAGGCUUUGGAACAGGAGAAAGUGGAUGAAGAGGAAGAGGGCAAAAAAGAUGACUCUAGCUGUUCCAGUGAGGAAGAAGAGGAGGAGGACUCAGAGUCUGAAGCCGAGUCAGAGAAAAGCAAACCUACAGUACCUGUAAAUAUUGUAAAUCAUACCAAUAGUGGUAGUAUACAGUCAGCAUCAGUGGCUCCCUCAACUGUGUCUACAAACCAAGUUGCACCAACAUCACCGGUUAAGAAGUUUACCACUCCAUUCACAAAACCUAAAGAGGAGGAGAAGAAGAGGAAAGACGAUGAAGAGAAAAAAGAUGCAUCUCCAGCAUCGUGGCGGUCAGGGCUGCGGAAGACUGGGAGCUAUGGUGCAUUGGCUGAGAUUAGUGCUUCUAAAGAGGGACAGAAAGAGAGAGACCCUGUAGGUGUGAUGCGUUCAGCCUCAAGUCCACGACUCUCAUCCAGUUUAGAUAACAAAGAUAAGGAGAAGGAUCAGAAAGGAACCAAAUUUGCAUAUAUUGCACCUACGAUCCCAUCAAGAAGACUGGCCAGUACAUCUGAUGUUGAUGAUCGAGAAACCAGAGAUUCUGCUACUAUUCUGACGCGAUGUGGGUCUUACACAAGGCGACGGUGGGAAGAUGAUUUGAAGAAGAAAGAAGUAAAUCAUACUUCUACCCCUGAAGGAUCUACAUCACAAAAUGCUGCUUUUACCAAUUUACCUGUAGUGCCUAGUUAUCAAAGAAGUAAUUCGUACCUGCUAGCAAUAGGCAGAAGUAGCAGUGCCAGAGAUCUGCCAGCCAACUCGUCCUCAGCCAUCAGCUUGGAUUCUACUAAUUUUAAAUCUAGGCACCCACCGUCAGCUCACUAUUCAUCUUACAACAUCUACAAAAGUAGCUCUUUUGGUAAACGGAAAGAAGAUCUCAUCGGUCCUAUUCCAAGUAACAAAACUUCAGCUACAACACUAACAACUGUUACCUCAUCAAACAGCCUGCAAUCUACCACUUCCACAAAGACUCCUGCCACCACGUCACUUAGCAGUACCUCAAAUCGGUUUUCGACGGGGGACAAUGCUGAAAGAGAAAAAGAAAGUGUUCCUUCAGCGCUUGCUUCAACUGGCACUGGGUCAACAACAGAGGUCAGGGAGAGACGCAGGUCAUAUUUAACCCCUGUCCGAGAUGAAGAGUCUGAAUCGCAAAGGAAAGCCAGAUCCAGGCAAGCAAGGCAGUCAAGAAGAUCAACUCAGGGUGUAACGCUGACAGACCUACAAGAAGCUGAAAAAUCAAUAGGUAGGAGCCGUGUAGAUCGUCGAACUCGAGAACAAGAGGAGAAAGAAAAGGAGGAGAAGGAAAAACAAGACCGAGAAAAGCAGGAAGACAAGAAAGAAAUGGAGUCACGAGAUGAUAGGCAAAGGUUCACUAGAAAUUUUGAAGAGCCUUAUCAACGCAUCAGACCGAUUACUACAUCAUCCUCAACUGCCCCAGUUUCUACUACCAGCAGCUCCAUAUAUUCAGUGUCUCAGAUAAAUAGACCCAACAGUCUUAUUGGUAUUACGUCAGCUUACUCGCCAUACUCCCGGAGCUCUCGAGAUAUUGAUAAAGAAGGAGAGAGGAAGGAAGAUGAGAAAGACGGAGAAGAGAGAUUGGAUGAGAGGUCACAAAACAAACCAUCAAUAAGAGAUCGGCGGCGGCCAAGGGAAAAACGGAGAUCUACAGGAGUUUCUUAUUGGACUCAGGAUAGUGAUGAGAAUGAUCAAGAACAGCAGUCUGAUACAGACGAUAGAACAAGCAAAGAGAGUCAGAAUGACAGACUUUCAAGGUUUCAUACAGGAUACUCUAGCACGGGACAUAAUGAUGGAUCUGAUCUGUUGGUUGGUCGAGCAACUUCAUAUUCUUACAGAGAGGGAAGGCUUUCAUCACAGAGCAGGGCAGAAAAAGAUGAUACGUUGGAUUAUAAAAAGCUUUAUGAACAGUUCCUGAGUGAAAAUGAGAAGCUGAAGGCUAAGCUACAUGACACAAACUUAGAAUUGACCGAGUUGAAAGUGCAAUUGGAGAAGGCUACUCAGAGGCACGAAAGAAUAGCUGAUCGAUCACUGCUAGAGAUGGAGAAAAGGAUCUUUUCCAGUCGGGCUCAUGCUGAGUCUUUGUGGUUUGUGGAAAGAAGAGCUUUAGAAAGGAAGAUAUCUGAAAUGGAAGAGGAGCUCAAGAUGUUACCAGACCUGAAAGCAGAUAACCAGAGGCUGAAAGAUGAAAACGGAGCCUUGAUCAGGGUCAUCAGCAAACUUUCCAAGUAAACCGGAUUAAACCCGCUGUUAUUGCCACUGCAUGAUUGUUAACUGAUCACUCAGCUCUGAUGGAUUCUUAUUGCAUUCGUUCGUUCAGCAAAAGGAGAUUGUAACAUUCGGUCGCCCGGGCCUACCACCUUUUGAGAGAAUCCUCUUUCCUGCACCUGUUUUAAUGACUAUAUAUUAUGAUAAAAUAAAUAAAAUAUAUACGGUCAUUAUUUUAACAGAAGCUACAACUGCUGAAGAAAUGGAACAACUGAAAAAUCUUGUUUACAAUAUGAGGAAAGUGUUUAAGGCCAGAGACGCCUCGGAUAUUAAACCAAUACGCCUUACCUGUACAUAAACACUUGCUCAACAAGCAGCUUUCAAAAUGUCACAUCAAAGACAGUUAAGAAUGCAACACAUUUUAUUGUGCCACAGAAUUGUGUUCUUUUCCUUUCUUUACAAGCUUAGAAGUGUUUGAAAUGUGUGCUAACCACCCAUGUGCCAGUUUAAGUUCGACUGUGUUCGAAGAACUAUCAAGUUUGGGGGACAGUGCGUCCAAGCCAGAUAAAGGAGGUAGUUUCAAAUUAAAAUUUGCCCUCCGUAUUGAGCAGAUAAGAUAGACUUGGUGGAACAUUUGCUUUCACUGUAUGUGCAAUAUGCAUUUCUUCUAAGACGCUUUAACAAGUCAGUUGAAGCAGUUUUUUAUGAACAUUUUGUUGGCCUUCAUUGUCACCAUUUUUAAGUUGUAGUGUAAGUUUGUAGGAAAUCUGUAAUCUCCACUUUCAUUUUAGCAGGUACUGUUGUAUAUGUAUAUGUACUGUUUUAAGUUUCAGAGCACCACAUUUACAUAAUGGCUACAGAAAACAGAUUGCGCCAAAAAGGUGCAUUUUUUUUUAAAGAAACUUGAGAUUUUAUUGCUAAAAAGUGCAUGUAUACAUGGAAUGAUUUCUUGGUAAAGUUGGGUGUCUGAAAUGAAAACAGUUCUUUUGCUGAUGAUUUGAGAUUUAAGUGUUCACAGCUGCAAAAUGUGCAUCAAAGUAAAUAACUAGAGACAUUCUCACUGCGUUUUGCAUUCUGAGCACCGCAUCCAGGCCAAUAGUAUUAGCUGAAGUAAUAUCACUAAAACGGCAUUUGUCUGGGAAAGCUAACUUGUGCCCCUCACCUGCUUCUAAAUCUAUUGGGGGUAAUGAGGCCACGUGAAGAAUAAUUAAAAGGCUCAACACCAUUAUUGUAUGAAGUCCUGAAAUCAGAUAUUAAGUUGUACAUUUUGGUGGCCCUUUAAAAUGUCUUCAGUGAACACUCUUUAUUUUAAAUCAAUAUUUGCAUUACCCCUAGUUUAUUUUGAAUAUAUUUAAACAUCCGUACGACUUCAUACGGCCGUAUUAUGUCAAAUAAAACCACUGAAGAGUUCAAACAUGCAAAGUCAAUGUACAUUGUAAAGCUUGUGGUAGUUAUUGUAUUAUCAUUAAAUAUAUUAAAUGUGAAUUUAUACCCCUUCAUAAAAAACAAGGUCAUUGUGUUGCAUUGCUUGUAGUUUUCUGGUAAAGGAGGCAUAAUGUCCUUGUGUCUUGUUUCUGUGAAUCGGAUCUCUGCAGGUGCAAGGUCAUGUUCUUACUACCACUCUCAGGAGUCUUGAUUUUAUUAAGGUACCAAGAGAACUCGGGUUUUCACAUUAAAGUGGUAUUUGGACUAAGUGAUUGUUGGGUUGAGAUACUCAGUGGUGACAUCUUACUGUGGUAUUCUAUACAUAAAUGGAGAUGCCAGAGGUUUGAUUGAAUGUAGUGGCCUGCUGGAUAACAGCAAUUGUCAUAUUGUGUGACUGAUAACUAGCAGAUUGUGGAAUAUGUUCCGCUAAGUUGGGUGCAUGUGCAAAAUUAACGUAGAUGUUUCUAAUAUUUUAGUGUUUUAUAUUUAGGUUAUUUAUUCUUUAUAUCUGAAUAAAUGAUAUGGCUAGUGUGCUAUGUCAGUUUUAUUGGUAGUACUGAGCAGACCUUGUAUCUGCACAAAUCUGAUUGCAAAAAACAGCUAUUUUAAGAAAAUUGUAUUUUGACAUAUACAAAUAAAAAUUAAAAUGUUGGCCUGUGUGAUAAUUAUUUCAUUGUAAACUCAGCAAUUAAAUACAAUAAAUACAACUUGAACUCAAAA